AAACACGCACCAUGUGCUUAUUGUUUCCCUGCUAUAUAUACCCACAUUUCGCCAUAAAGUUUCACACUUACCACUACUACCAAUACUCCUCGCACAACACAACCACAAUGGCCGCGAAGAAGAAGAAUGGCGGCGGAAACGGCAACAACAAGGAGAACGAAGACAGCACCAUCACCGUCGUCUUGAAGGUCGAAAUGCACUGCGACGGUUGCGCUUCCAAAAUCAUCAAACACCUCCGCUGUUUCCAAGGUGUGGAGACGGUGAAGGCUGAUAGCGACGCCGGGAAGGUGACCGUGACCGGAAAAGUGGACCCCACGAAAGUGAGGGAUAACCUGGCGGAGAAGAUAAGGAAGAAGGUGGAACUGGUGUCUCCGCAGCCCAAGAAGGAGCAGGAGAACGAGAAAGAGAACAAGGAUGCUAAGGCAAACAACAAAUCCGAGAAUAACAAAACCCAGGACAAAAAAACCAAGGACAAAGAGGUGGUAACCACCGCUGUUCUGAAGCUGGCAUUGCAUUGCCAGGGUUGCCUAGACAGGAUUGGCAAAACUGUGUUGAAAACCAAAGGAGUGCAAGAAAUGGCCAUUGACAAGGAAAAGGAAAUGGUGACUGUGAAAGGGACAAUGGAUGUUAAGGCUCUGGCAGAGAAUCUCAUGGAGAAGCUGAAGAGGAGGGUUGAGGUGGUUCCUCCAAAGAAAGACAAGGAAGGUGGUGGUGGUGAUGAUGAGAAGGAAGUAUCAGGGAAGAAGAAGAACAAGGGUGGUGGUGGAGGAGACAAGAAUGAGAAUAUUGAAGAUGGAAUAGAGAAAAUAGAGUAUAACAGAAUGGAGUAUUUGGCACCACCUGCUUUUGGCUUUGGUUAUGGACCUUAUGGUGGUGGUUAUGGACAUGGACAUGGGCAUGGGCAUGGCAACAUUGGUGGGUAUAGCUAUGUGCCAGUGUACCCGGAGCAGAUGCACUUUCACUUGCAUGCACCACCACCACAAAUUUUCAGUGAUGAAAACCCGAAUGCUUGUUCUGUCAUGUGAGUGAGGUUGUUUCUUUCCAUUUAACUGGGUGAUGGAUGGUGAUAAUGAUGGUGUGCUUAGAGAACUAGAUACUAGAGUCUAGAGUGUUUCUUUCCAUUCUUUUUUUUUUCUUUCAAUUUUUGGUUCUUAGAAUUCCACGGGAACUUUUGAGAUGUUUUUGUGUUUAGGGAAGAAAAGGGGGGUUUUGAAUUUUGAUGUGAUUAGAUAACCAAUACCGCUGAUAUAUUAUUAUUAAAUGGGAAUGCCAAUUUCAGAAUUUGUUAUUACUAGUUGAUGCAUAAUGUAAAUGAUGGAGUGAUAUGGAGUUGGAAAUGGAAUAGAUCUCAAUUCUGACA